GUUGGGCAUUGUGUGUUCCAAGCAGGUGCGAGGGGAAGAAGUUGUUCGCCAACAAUUUGGUCGACAGGACUGCAUAAUCGGCGAUAUUUGGUGUUUAAGGACAUUUGGUUUGCUACGUCCCUGCGUCCCUUUCCGCACGCAGUUGUAAUAUUACUUUUGAAGGUGUAUUGUUUAUUUACGUUUGUACGAUGUCGACACGCACUACGUCCGCCAGGGGGCGCUAGACGUGUAUCGUCAUUGCGUCGUCUGUUAAAAACAGCUGAGAGAUCUCUAGCAUAUGUCAUAAGCAGUAUUUCCAGACUGUGGGGAUGUGACAGUUUGAUAGCUGUGCACAGGAGGAAACAAUAAUAGUCAAAAUGAGCGUGGAAGUCAAAACCCCGACAAAGUCACAGUUUAAAAUCGAAGGAUUCCAAUGUGGAGAACGAUUAAAACCGGGAGAUAGCAGCGACGAGAAGUUACAGAAAGAGUCGAAGACUAAAGUUGGCAAAGAUGUGUCUUUUCAAGAUAAAAAUGGAGAAAAACAGCACAGGAAUUCCUUUUCCAGGGCAGACAAACCGAAAGAAAUUCAAUACAGGAAAAGGCGUUAUUCAAUGCCCCAGAAGCUUGGUGAAGCAGCUCAAGGAUCUCACAUUUCAUUUAUGAAGAAAAGAAAAUUUCUUAUGGAUGCAAAAGUUACUGGUAAAAAGAUGACUUUACCAACAAAGUUUCUUUUGGGAGGGAAUAUUAAUGAUCCCCUCAACCUGAACAGUUUAUAUCAUGAUGAAGAAGGAAAAGUUUUGAAUGAAUCAACACCUGUUUCUUCACCCAUACCCACACCAUCACAUCGGCAGAAAGUUGAAGUUGUCAUUCCACCAAACAUCACAGACCCAUUGAAUUUAAAUGCUGAUGAUGAUUCAUUUAUGAGUAGAAUAUGCAAGAAGAGGAAAAGAAGUUACAGACAUAAGCGUAAAGAAAGUACAUCUCAUUCAACAUCCACACCAUUGUUGAAAGAGGGACCUGGGGAGAAGAAGAGGGAACUUUUGGAAGCGUUGAAAAUAGACAUUGACACCAGCCACGAUAUUUGUGACGAAUUGUCCAGUGGUGAACUGACUCUUGAUAUUCAAAGUGCUAAUACCAACAAAUGCAGCAAUAAGAUAGUAUCUCCAGUUAUCCCCCAAGCAUCACCAAAAAUCCGGAGGAGGAGGAAGACGAUUAGUGAAUCCUGUAAUAUUUCUGAGACAACUUUUGAUGCAUCUAGAGCAUUAUUCUGUACUAGUAGCCCUGAGCCAAAACUAACACCACCGAAGAAAACCAAAAGACAGUUCAGCAACCCAAAGAGUUCUAGUUUUUCUAAAACAAAAAGCCCGGUGAAGUUUGCAAAAAAAUCCAAAUUCAUCUAUGGCAAUUACAAUAGGUACUACGGCUACAGGAAUCCAAGUGCUGAACAAGAUCACCGGAUGAUCAAUUUUGAAUCGGAGUGGUUUGAGACAAAGGAUGUGUUGGACAUUGGUUGCAAUGUGGGACAUUUGACUUUAGCCAUAGCCAGAGAUUAUCAUCCAAGAAAGAUCAUUGGUAUGGACAUUGAUGCUAAUCUGAUCAAAAUUGCAAGGAAGAACAUCCGCUACUAUUUGGCUUCCUGUUCCACUGACACAACAAAGUUUGCAACAUCAAGCUCGGUGAACUAUGGACCAAUGGCAGCUCCUCCGCUUGGAAAGGAACAUGAAUUUCCACAAUUUCCUAAUAAUCUGAUGUUUAUGCAGGGAAACAUAGUGCUUGAAAGUGAUGAGAUGUUGGAGUUCCAGGAAGAAGAAUAUGAUCUGGUCCUUGCUCUCAGCAUCACAAAAUGGAUUCAUCUAAACUGGGGCGAUGAUGGAUUGAAGCGUGCAUUCAAGAGAAUAUUCAAGCUGCUGAGACCUGGAGGCAAGCUCAUCCUGGAGCCCCAGGCUUGGGCUUCCUACAAGAAAAGGAAGAAGCUGAACGAAACAAUCUUCAAGAACUAUCAGAACAUAAAGCUGAGACCAGAGAACUUUCCAAAUUACCUUCUAAAAGAGGUUGGAUUUUCCAAGUGUGAAGUCAUUGGAGUGCCUUUCAACAAAUCAAAAGGGUUCCGUCGACCUCUCCAGCUUUACACCAAAGCAGACACGUCAGGAAACACUCCUUACACAGACAUUGAUGAGAACAGCCAGAGUAGCAGGAACCAUGUGUUAGCCCCAACACUGCACUCCGUGGUGUCCCCCCAGGUUGUGGACAGCCAGGAUACACCAAGUGAGAAGAGCAAGGCAGCUAGUCCAGUUCAACUGGAAUCAGAACAGAGCAUCCCCCAAACCCCCCAGGCUAUGGACAGCCAGGAUACACCAAGUGAGAAGAGCAAGACAGCUAGUCCAGUUCAACUGGAAUCAGAACAGAGUAUCCCCCUAACCCCCCAGGCUAUGGACAGCCAGGAUACACCAAGUGAGAAAAGCAAGGCAGCUAGUCAAGUUCAACUGGAGUCGGGGCAGAGUGCUUGAAAGUCUGACUCCGCCAGUGGUCAACAGAGUGAUGGUCUGUUGACCUCCGCCUGUGGUAAGAUGGAUGUGGCAACAAGUGAAGAGGGUACCCGCAAGGACACUGCCUCAUAGACCAUGAGAAUUCACUGCAGACAUUUUGAGAUGUGAAGCUGAUAAAUACUCAGACAGUGAAGGCAUUCUUUUUACUUACUGCACAUCAUGCUGUUUAGUAUGUUUUUUAAUCAACAGGUAGGAUGAAAGACUUUGGAACAAUGCCGUGCUGAUUUGUACACAUCUUUGAAUGCGACAACCUUGACUUCUUGACUGAAGUAUGUUGCAAGAUGUGUGAAAGUCAGCUCUUGACUUCAGGUGUUUUGUCAUUCAUACUCUCCUCACAAAAUAAAGCAACACAGGGCUAUGUCAAAACCCCCAAUUCUCUCACUUUCAUAUUUGUUUUUGGCUGUUCUUUUUGUCUUGUUAAGGAUGAUGAAGGAUUUUGGAGGUUUUUUCAGUCAUUGGAGAGAAGCUUUCAGGUUAUGUACACUCCAGUUUAAAAAUAAGUUGAUUAAUAUGCAGAAACGUUUCUUUGGUUAAGUAUGUUGGUCUUAUUACCAGCUGAUUCCACCUUGACAAAUAUUUUUGAGCUCACCUGUAAAAGAUUAAUACAAUUUUGCAACAGUUGUUAAGUGAUCAUGUCGAGGUUGUAUUUUCUUCCCAUCAGUGCAUCAUGUCCCCAAUAAUACCUUAAUUAUUGGUGUUUUGUUCAUUAGUGAAAAAGUAAGAACCCCUAAUCUAUCUGGUUCCGCAUUCAGCUUCCUUAAGAAAUAUUCUGUGUAGUAUAUGUUUACACAUAUAUUCUGUUCUACACUGUGCUGAGUAUUUUCUGGUACUUGGCUCAAGUGAUAACAAUCGGCCAGUUUGACUAUUGAUGGUACUAAUGCUUUGUAACUUUGAUAUGUUGUCAUACUGACUGUUGACUGUACAUAAUGAGCAAAUACACAAAUCUUUUCCAAACAUGA